CCUGCUCUGGGCGCGAGACUCCUGCCAAAGACACGAGAAUGCGCAUGAAAACACAUGUAUGACCCACUGCAGUUAUACUGGAAUCCAUAACUCGCAUAAGCGUCUAACCAGCUUAUCUAAUAAACUGCCCAGAAGAGGAAAGCCAGAGACGGGCAGAGAGUGGACUCUGCUGGCUGCUGUAAUUCUACUAACUGACAGUUCAGACCAGAAGACAGUUCACAAGCAGGUUGUCUCUUUGGGGACUGGCACCAAAUGCAUCGGACAGUCUGCAAUGAGUAAGAACGGGGACAUUCUGAAUGACAGUCAUGCGGAGGUUAUUGCUCGGAGGGGAUGUGUCAGGUAUCUGACGGAGCAGCUGGACAGGGCUGUAAGUGGCCAGAGCUCUGAUAUUUUCUGUCCAGGAUCUGAAGAGGGAAAAUGGACAGUUAAACCGGGAGUUUCUUUCCUUUUUUUCACUAGUCAAACACCCUGUGGUGAUGCCUCCAUAUUUCCUAUGACUGGCAGUCAAGCGCAACCCUGCGAGCCAGUGAAGGCAAUCCAGAGCGAAGAAUCAGAGAGACGAGGCCUGAAACGGCACGCUGAGAGUGAUCUGGAAGAGACCCGGCAGGGUCAAAGAAUAAAGACACUUGACAGCCAUUCACCUCACAGAAAAUCAGUGGAUACCGAAAAGCAUGAUGUUAUAGCAGAAAACAAAGAAAGUGAUCCAUCAAAUGAAGUCUUGGACUGUCAUCCAGAAGUAGAGAAAGUCCAACCAUCUGACCUCCAUCGCACUGGGGCAAAGUGUGUCCCUGAUGCUCCAGCCGACCCGCUCCAGCCUGGGUUACUUUAUCACAACUCUGGGGUUUUGCGAGUGAAGCCGGGACGUGGGGAGCGCACGCUUUCUCUCUCGUGCAGUGAUAAACUGGCCCGGUGGGGUGUUCUGGGCUUCCAGGGCGCCCUCUUGUCUCAUUACCUGCAAGAGCCGGUCUAUUUCAGAGCUGUGGUGGUUGGAAAGUGUCCGUACAGCCAUCAGGCAAUGCAGAGAGCAUUGAAAACACGAUGUUCUGAUGUGAGGGAUUUGCCAUCAGGUUUCUCCGUACACGAUCCAGAGAUUCUACAGUCUGGUCUGGAAUUUCCUCACAACCACACUCACACCGAGUCCAAACACACACACACACAGGGCAGAAUAUCUCCGUGUGGGGCAGCUAUCAGCUGGUGUGCCGUAUCCCAGCAGCCUCUAGAUGUCACUGCCAACGGUUACAAACAGGGAGUGACUAAAAAAGCUCUGGGCACAUGGCAAGCAAGAUCUUUAAUCAGUAAAGUGGAGCUCUUUCAUUCAUUCCUGAAACUGGUGGCAGCAACUGAAGACUCGCAGCUUCCAGAGUCCCUCCGUGGAAAAGAUUUGAAGACGUACUGGGACUACAAGCAGGCUGCAGGGCCGUAUCAGCAGGCCUGGACACAGCUGCGUCUGCAGGCCUUCCCGCUGUGGCCCCGCAGCCCACGAGAACUGCUGCUGUUUUCCUAGAGGACUCGACCGUAUCAGUAUCCUGAAUGAAGCGCAUGAAUAGACGCAGUAUGUUGUACUAAAGGCUCCAGCAGAGUUCACAUAAAUGUGACUGUCUUUCUGUUAACUAAGUGUACUUGAAACAACAGAACUGUAAAAGCAACUUUUUAGGAUUUUGUAGGCAAAAUUUAGGAUUUACGUACCAUUCCCAACCUGUAUGAUAUUCUGUCUAUUCUCUAUUGGCAGACUCUCACUGUUCUUUUCCAUACAGCAAAAGCAUAUAUUGACCAGGGGCUUUUGACCAAAAAUGAGCUGAAAUUUAAGUCGUUAUUGACUGAAGAUUUUCUGCUGCCGUAGCUCUCAAAUCUCACUGACAGCAGUGGUUUUCAAAUGUCUCAUGAUGUUUAAGGGGAAGCUUUUUAGUGAAAAGCUAUCGUAUAACACUAUCAUACUAUGUAUUAUUUUUUUUUAAAUUCAAAGCCUCAGGUCAUUAUUUGCAUUUGUGGUAAGAAAGAGUAGUUUGAGUAACAGCUGAGUUUUCGGUAUCAGGUGACCUUUGCCUUAAAGCUUACGCUGUGACGCCUCAAUACCAAUCUAAAGUGUAAAAAGUGUCCAAAGGUUUUUGAAAAGUAAAAUUUUUUAUGUUUUUUAAAGAUUUUUUAGUGUUUUUCUGCUCACCAAGCCUGCAUUUAUUCGAUUCAGCAUACAGCAAAAACAGUAAAAUUUAGAAAUAUUUUUACUAUUUAAAAUAACUGCUUUCUAUUUGAAUAUAUUUUAAAACGUAAUUUAUUCCUUUGAUGAAAGCGAAUUACUCCAGUCACAUGAUCCUUCAGAAAUCAAUCUAAUAUUCUGAUUGGCUGUUGAAGAAACAUUUAUUAUUAUUAUUAUUAUUAUUAUCAAUAUUUAAUUUAGUACUUUUAUUUAGCAAGAAUGCUUUAAAUUGAUCAAAAGUCAUGAUAAAGACAUUUAUAAUGUUACAAAAGAUUUCUAUUUCAGAUAAAUGCUGUUCUUCUGAACUUUCUAUUCAUCAAAGAAAACUGAAAUAAUUAUACUCAGCUGUUUUCAACAAAAUAAUAAUAAUAAUAAUGUUUUUUUGAGCAGCAAAUCAGAAUAUUAUAAUGAUUUCUGAAAGAUGUGACUGGAGCAAUUAAACUAAAUUCAGCUUUGAAAUCACAGGAAUAAAUUGCUUUUUAAAACAUCCAAAUAAAAAGCAGUUAUUUUAAGUAGUAAUUUUUGUACUGUUUUGCUGUACUUUGGAUCAAAUAAAUGCAGGCUUGGUCAGCAAAAGAGUCUUCUUUAAAAAAAAAACAUUUAAAAAAAAUCUUACUGUUCAAAAACUUUUGACAGGUAGUGUAUUUUUUCAUACAUUUUCAUAAUGUAGUUUCAAACCUGUAUGACUGACCUCAAAAAUACUUUUUUUUUUAAAAUGUGUUUUAAUUUUUUUUCUCCCUCUGAAUUUUUUCAAAAAGAUGACUUGAAAUGGUGGGUCUCAAUAAAUCAUAUUGACAACUGAUUUUUUUUUUUGUGUU